AGAAUCCUUGGAGAUAAUAUAUUGAGAGAGAUAGCUCGAUCAAUUUUAGACCGAGAUAUCAAAUGAGGAAUCAGGAACGAAGAGCAAGUAAGAGGUUGGAGGCCAAGAUGGAGGAGCUGCAGUCAGAAAUGGAAGCCAUAGACGAGGAGCAAUCAAGAUUAAGACAAGGGCAAAGGGAAACGAAACAACACUUUGAAAAGAUCCAAGCGGAGUGUGCUCAGCUGAGACAGGAGACCAGCCUCCUUCUCCAGCAAAAUCUAGGCUCCCAGCUUCGCCUUGCUGCCAGCAAACGUGAUUCUGUCUAACUAACAUCUUGCAAAUUAAUUAGGGGGGGGACAUGGCUUUUGCCUGCCAUGUGUCUCUCAUGCACCCUUUAUUGUAUUUCUACUACUGGAUGUGUUGAGACCUGCUUUCUAUGGAUAAAUAAAAAAAUCAUGCGUUU